UCCGUAUAGAGCUGGCAGCCAGAGCCGCUCGUAGAUAUCAUUCAUUUGUGAGGCAGUGCUGUGUGACAGUGUAUUCGUGGCGCGUAGUUUAUUCCGUUUAUACUACUGAAUCUGCGUAUUCUUCGCCAUGGGUAUGAGGAGCAAUACCAGUAAUAAGAUUCGUGAACAAUGCAAAGAGCUGAUGCUGUCAGAUCACCAAAUCCACCAGAUCAUGGACAGACUACUGGAAGAUAUAAAGUUGGGGCUAGGAAAGGAGACCCACGCGAAGGCCAUUGUGAAGUGUUUCGUGACAUACGUUCAGGACUUGCCCAAUGGGAAAGAACAAGGGAAGUUCUUGGCACUUGAUCUGGGAGGUACAAACUUCAGAGUGCUUAUUAUAGAACUAGAGGGAGAAAAGUUUCACAUGGAUUCUAAAAUAUACGCCAUUCCUCAGAGUAUUAUGCUUGGAACAGGUGUACAGCUGUUUGACCACAUUGCUGAAUGUUUGGCAAACUUCAUAAAAGAGCAUCAGAUGGCCCAUUUAAGAUUACCGCUGGGAUUCACCUUCAGUUUUCCACUCACUCAGAAGGGUUUGACAAAGGGAUACCUAGAAAGGUGGACCAAAGGGUUCAACUGCAGUGGUUGUGUUGGUGAAGAUGUGGUUCAGUUGUUGAAAGAUGCUCUAGCAAGGAGAAAUGAUGUGCAGAUUGAUGUUUGUGGUAUACUCAACGACACAACGGGAACGUUAAUGUCAUGUGCAUGGAAAAACCACAACUGCAGGAUAGGGCUCAUCGUUGGUACUGGAAGCAAUGCAUGUUAUGUAGAGAAAGUGGAAAAUGCAGAAUUAUUUGAUGGUGACAAAUCUAAGCCUUAUGUAGUCAUAAACACAGAAUGGGGAGCAUUUGGAGAUAAUGGAAGGCUUGAUAUUGUGCGUACUGAGUAUGACCGAGAGAUCGACCAGUACUCCAUAAAUAAAGGAAAGCAGUUGUUUGAGAAAAUGAUCUCUGGAAUGUACAUGGGAGAGCUUGUAAGGCUGGCACUUGUAAAAUUUACAAAGAGUAAUCUCUUAUUUGGAGGCAGAGGCUCCGACCUGCUCUUCAAGAGGGGAAAUUUCUUCACAAAAUACGUAUCUGAAAUAGAAAGUGACAAGAGGGGAAGUUACACAAAUUGCCGGCAAGUGCUGGAAGAACUUGGCCUUAACCAUGCAACAGACCAAGACUGCAGUAAUGUGAGGUUUAUUUGUGAGUGUGUUUCACGGAGAGCAGCACAUUUGGUAUCUGCUGGUGUUGCAACACUCCUAAACAGAAUGGACGAGGAAAAUGUUACAGUGGGCAUUGACGGCUCAGUCUAUCGUUUCCACCCUCGUUUCCAUGACCUUAUGGUUGAAAAAAUUUCUGAGCUUGUCAAACCAGGCAUUAAGUUUGAUCUGAUGCUGUCGCAUGAUGGUAGUGGCCGAGGAGCUGCACUAGUAGCAGCUGUAGCAACUAGGGAACGGUGAAUUUAAUGCUGGAGACCUUUAGGUGCAGUUGUAUAUAUUAGACAAUUUUGGGUUCCUAUAGCAUGUUGAAGCUGCAGAAGUACUGUACGA